AUGAUUUCAACCGGAAAAGCGCUUGAGAAGAAAGUUGCGUCGUCGGCUGCAACAAGACCACAACAACGAAUAGACAUCAAAAGAAGAGCGAAGAAGUUUGAAAAGGCGUCGCAAGACAAGAACCCGCGGAAGCUCUACGCUUUACCAAAACAUUAUGGCGGCAAGAAGAAAAGGUGUUCAGUAGUCCUCAACACUGCCGUAUGA